GAUUUUUAUAUUGGUCUGGUCACUGGGAAAUAUCUACAGAUAAUGUAGUGAUUCAAACCUGACUUUUGUACUGCAUACUGAAUCUGGUAAAUUGAGGGUGAUUGUUUGGGACACCAGGAACUUGGCUUUCAGAAAUAAACUUUCUGAUGACUGAAGAGGGCACCAGCACUGACAAUGUUGGCAGUCCAGGAUCACCAGGAGACAGUGAAGAUGGGAUGGUGAAAAUAUAUGAGGAGAUGUUUGCUGAUCGUUAUUCCUCGAAUGAUGACAGCUAUCAGGAUGUACUCCAGUCCAGCAAAGCCCCACCCCCAUGUGUGAAGAACUGGUUUCCGAAACAGAAUCGAAACUACGACCGCAAUAGGGGCAGAGGUGGGAGAGGGUAUCAUCAGCAUAGCCAACAUGGUAACUAUGGCAACAGGAACUAUGGUAACCAGUCACGUGGUGGCUAUGAUAAUGAUAGACACUACCACGGACAUAGAGACCAAAGUCAUUAUGACCGCCACCAAGGUCAAGGUCAGUGGAGACAUGGCAGUCAGAGACAUGACCGAAGAUAUCAACCAUACUAAACGCUGUCGCAAUGGUUUUACAUAACAUGUGGCCAUACUAUGUGUUUCAUCGUAAUCAGGUGUCAACAGCAGAUUUGUUUUUAAACUGUACUUACAAUUCUGUGACAGGUCAUCCCAUCCUCAAUACUUAAGGGGUUACAACCACUUUCGCUUACUGCACCCCUGGAACAUGUCAUGGCAAAAUUGAAAUUUCCAUGUGUGACAUCUUGUGGACAAGACAAAAAGACUAAUUUGAUCCUUUGAUGUACAACACACGAAUGUUGAGGUUUCAUAACGGUAUGGUGUACUGACUUUGAAGUUGGAUGUCGCUCCUUGGUAAACUUCAUAAGAAGCAUAUCAGCCUUUGAUUGGUCUGUUUUUUCUGCUGGAACCAAUCAAAUUGCUUCGCUGGUGCCUUCACUUUUUCCAUGACAUGUUCCAGGUGUCAGAGAAGGAGAGUGAUCGUAACCGCUGGAGAACCGAGGAUGAGGACAUGCUGCCUUAAGAUCUUAUUGAUUCAGUAUGUGGGAUGUUAGUUUUCAUUACAUUAAUAAUUUUGUGGGAUAUAUAAUAUUUUGUUGUCAUAAGAAAUUGUGUCAUGUGUAGGUCUGUCUGGUGACAAUCCCUCAUUUAUUAAUAAACAUUCAUUAAUUCUGAACAAGACUUGUUAUGCUUGUUAUAUGUAUUGUGCUGGGUAAACCUCUAACAUUACUGGGGAACUGCUAUGCCUCUUAGGGAAGUUCUCAUUGUACACCUUACCGGGUAGAUACAGCUGCUUAUUGGUGUCAUCCUGUUCAUCUUGCAGCAUUAGUAAUGAAUACAGAGUAUCAGAUGUGAUGCUCUUCAUGGAUUUUGAUGAAAAAGUCAUUUUAAUACUGAACAUUAAAUACUGAAAAUUGUCUAUUCUUUU